GAGGACGCGUCAAAUUAAUUCCAGCAAAGUCCGGACUCCCCGGGAUAACUUCAAUUUGCGUUUAUCGGAUGAAGAUCACUUUGUCGGUCAUCUUUAUAGCGCACACCUGAAAGGAAGAACUGGGCUCGCUGUAGCUAGAGCGCCCUUUCAUCGGGGACUACUUUUUUGUGCUUCACUUUUUUGUGUGCUUUCCACCUGGAAAGUCUUCCUGUAUUUCCAAGCAUUUCGGGACGUAAAGAGGCAAAUGGAGCAAACCUAUGGAGAGGUGAACCAACUGGGCGGUGUGUUCGUGAAUGGCAGACCCCUGCCCAACGCCAUCCGACUGAGAAUAGUGGAGCUGGCCCAGCUCGGGAUUCGACCCUGCGACAUAAGCCGACAGCUACGCGUCUCCCACGGCUGCGUGAGCAAGAUUCUAGCUCGGUACAACGAGACAGGCUCCAUCUUACCGGGCGCCAUCGGCGGGAGCAAACCUCGCGUCACGACGCCCAACGUGGUGAAAAACAUCAGGGAAUACAAGCAAAACGACCCCGGCAUCUUUGCGUGGGAGAUCCGGGAUAGGCUCUUGGCGGACGGGGUGUGUGACAAGUACAACGUGCCCUCGGUGAGCUCCAUCAGUAGGAUUUUACGGAACAAGAUUGGGAAUCUCUCCCAGCCGAACCAGUACGAAGGUGGCAAGCAAGGCUCGGCUCAGGCCGGCCUCCCUUACAACCACAUUUAUCCUUACUCCUACUCCAACUCCAUGUCGCCUGCUGCCACUAAGAUGGGCUCCCCUCCCGGGGUACCGGUGACGGCGGGACAUGUGAGCAUCUCCAGGGCCUGGCCUUCUGCACACACCGUCAGCAACAUCCUCGGGAUUAGAGCCUUCAUGGACCCCGCAGCAAUUGCUGGGACCGAGGCAUACCCGACCAAAAUGGAGGAGUGGAGCAGCGUCAAUCGAGCAGCUUUCCCGGCAGCUCACGCGGUCAACGGCAUUGACAAAUCAGCCAUAGAUGCUGACAUAAAAUACGCACAGCCCUCUUCCACGCUGUCCAGCUACGUCUCAGCGUGUGCAUACUCCCCCACCAACCAGUACGGGGUGUACAGCGGCCCAGCGGGUGGCUACGUGACCCCAGGACACCAUCACUGGCAGCCCCAAAGCCCGGUCCUGUCUCACCCGGGCAGCGGCAUGAUGCACGCUGGCGAGAUCCACUCGUCAAUGGCCUUCAAGCACCAUGCCCGAGAAGGAGAAAGAAAAGCUCCCAGUCCGCUGAGCAAGCAGCAGCAACAUGAAGACUUGAACGGUGUGCAUGGACUCAGUCUCCCUACCUCAUCAUCCUAACCAGGACUUUUACCAGCUUCAUUCUUUCACUUACCUGAACUCUUUUCAACUGCAGUAAGUGUGAACCCAAUCAAACACAGGCCUCUCUUCACGUUGUGGAUGCAGCCAAGCCGAAAUGGGCUUUGUGGCCUUAUGAAUGUAAGCUUGCAUGAAUGCAUCGGUGCUCCCCCCCUCCAUCGAUAUAUUUUGUCAUGAAAAACAAAACACGUUCUGCACGACGGGGUUGCCAUUUUUUGGAAAAAAGAAGCUGUUAGAUGUGUCUUCAUUUUUGCCUGCAGUGACGGGGGAGUAAAAAAAGUCUAAAUGUUGAAUAUUUUCCAAAGCUUUAAUUACAUUAUAUAUUUUUAUAAUUUCAUUUUAAUAUUAAAAACAUAAAAAAAUAAAGUUUUCUUAAAUAAAACCUCGUUUUGUUGCAUUCCAUAUUGUUAUUGUACGACCGAAUUAAUUGCAGAUAGAAAGAUAAUCAAACAAAAAAGAAAAUCAGAACUGCUUUUAGGAAUUUGGACUUUGCAAACCGUUUUCUGGCAUAAUUGUUUUUCUUGAAAUGUUUUCCAGCAGUUUUUGCACUUCUCUCCUGCUAAUGGUCUGCAGAUUUUACCUAAACGCUGAAGAGUAGGGUUUAAUUUGAGAGUGUUUCCUGUUAGGAAAUUAUAAUAUUUGCGUUGGUGCUUAGCUGGAAGAGCAUUCAGGUGUAACCACCCCACCUUUCCAAUGAGUUGUGCACAGCCUGGGCGCCUCCGCUGAUCUUAUCUGACUUGUAAUGAAAGCUGCCAUGAUGGAAAUCUAAGGUCUGAUUGGGCAAGUGUGUGGAAGGUGUGUGCAACCCACAUGAAGCCUCAUCAAGUUCCAGAAUAUCAAUUAGAAGCAUUUUCCCCUAUAAAGGCCUAUAGGGUCAACUGUUUAUGCUAUGUUUGCUCUGUGGCCUUCUCACAGCUUUUUAAUAGACUCCCUCAACAUUUAUGAGAGGCUGUUCACUGAUGUCCCAGCUGAGUUUGGCUGGUUUCUGUAUGCUAGUAUGCUUGGCCUGUUUGUGGUGAGCACAGGCUUUUAAGUGCAUUUAAAUGUUUUUGCAAUGUCUCAAAAUAGGUCGUUUUCAUGUUCCUUUAAGAGCAUUAUGGCAUCUGCCACUAAUAGAGCCUCUUACCGGCCUUUAAACAAAAACGGAGUGCAAUGACUUCUAUAUUGUUAUAAGUUAUCAUUUUAUAUAAGUUAUUAUAAGUUGUCGUGUUUUUAACAUACAGUGGCCCGCAAGUAGCAGAGGUGAGGUGGCAGCCGCCUUCUCUGCAAACACGUCAUGAUUGUGAAUCAAGUGUGUGGUCAGGAAAGAAUGUGGUUGGUUGACUCAUCCUUCUUGUCCACGAUAUCAGGGACAGUUACAGGAAGAUGUUGGUGUUAGAAGUAAAAUAAUGCCAUUAAAAUCAGUGAAAAGCUCUUUAUUCGUACAUAGUACUGUCUUUUUUUGAUAUAUUUAACAACGAUUUAUUCCUACUACACUAUUGUCUGCUUCUGCACACCACAUCCUCACAUCCUCUGUAAACUCCAUCGUUCAAAUCAACUUUUUCACAGCAAGGAUUAUUUAAUUUAUAACAAAAACCCUUAUGUCUCUAAGUGUCAUAAAAUUGCAUCAAUUUUAUUAUUUUACCCAGGAGCCUGGAGGGUUUUAACUGUACAGAUUUACACUAAGUUCUUAGAAUUAGAUGAUUUAUAAUGAUUUUAUUUCUUGAUGUCAAAAUGUCAGCUAAUUUCUACAUAAACAAAACAAAUAGUAGCAAGUUAGCAGCCUUUUUUAAACAUGUUGCAAAGUUCAUUGUUGACCAGUCCAGGGUGUACCCCGCCUCCGGCCUGAAGUCAGCUGGGAUAGGCUCCAGCUAACUCAUGAUCUAAAUGAGGACAAGCUGUAUAGAAAAUGGAUGGAUGGUUAAAGUUGAUUGAUUAAUGGCAAGAUGGUGUAUUAUUUAAGAACUAUUGAAGUUUUUUUUAAAUAUAUGGAUACAAUCUGCUUCAUGAGGUUAUUGGGCUCUCAUUCAAUGAACUGCAUUUAUACAGCAGAUAUACCGUAUGUGUACAGUUAGCUCCUAAGAAGAGUAUAUGGUGCAUAGAAAGGGAACUCUAAAAGGGAUUUAAUCAUACUGUCCACUAUUUGUACAAACAGUUCUGGUCUAACUGCACAGUCAAACGUCCCACUGAUCCAAUUUAACGGCACGUUGUAGGGUUUGGGGGUCUUCUUUGCUCAGUUUUUUUGUUGCCCCUGAUUCCUCUCCUCCCCUUUUUGCAGCAAAGCCCCAAGUGGUUCAGCCAGUCCAAACAUGACCAACAUUAGGACGGCUGAUGAGCGUGCACAAGCUCCCUGACUGGAGUCGCUCAUGUUUUGCCGGAUACCACUUGGGGUUCAGAAAACACUCCUUCAUGGUGGCGGGGUUACUUCCUGCGGGACCUAUGAUCAUCAAUCAGGGGCGCGAGUGAUACCCCCCACUGAGUCCUCUGAGCUGGAAGGGCAGCAGGUGGGCUGUUUAGAUGGAUGUUUCCUACUCAUUCGGAGCACAAGUACCUCGGUCAUGUAUUCUCUUCAAUUACAUCAUAGCUUCCUUUUCAAUACUGUCCAAAGUGUCAAAAGCCUUUUUCAGUCCAUUUGUUAUUGGUCCUCGGCUUAUUGUAAAAUUAAAAUAAAUUCAUUAUUAAUGAGAUAUUACUAGAUAUGACACUAAUUGACUUUGUCACCAAAACAUAAAGCUAAGAUGUGGAUGGUUUGUUCAGAUAGCUUAGCCUAUAGGCCUAUAUAUAUAUAUAUAUACAGUAUAUAUAUAUAUAUAUAUAUAUAUUAAAGACUAGAUCCCUGCCUUUUGUGGGGGUGACGUCCUGGGACCACCAGGGAAUUUGCCAAAACUGCAAGUAAUUGAGACGCCUAAAAAAUGUCUAUUUUUGAUACUCGAGUUGUUGCAAUAAUAGUGACUGUUGUAAUUAUUCAGCUCCAGAUCCCCUCCCCUUUCUCUCUUCAAUACGCCUCCCACUUGUUAAACGCAUACAAUGUAUAGGUACACACCAUUAAUGAAUAAUAAUGCAAGAUGAACAGAUGGAAUUGGAGCCCUGGUGAAGGAGUUAGUUUCACUUUUGCGUCUCACAGCAGCGAUGGUGCGUUCAAGGAUCGCCAAACAAUGAGCGAAAUCUCAACGCUUGGCAAAAAACCACUAUCAGUGAACCAUAAAGCCAUAAACAUGUAAAACUUGUAGGCUUUUUAACAGAUGUACAUGUAUGCUGUACAUAUGACCUAUAUUAUCACUUAUUUACUAUCAAAGACUUUGGGUGAAUGAAAUGUGUUUAUGCAACAAAUGCCUAUUUUCAGAGAAAAACAUUCAAAAAAUAUUUUUUUUUUUCCCUAAAAAUGCUGAAUUGUGAACGUGUGGGUAUCCACUUUACCUGCACAAUCUGAAAUAAAAUUUCAUGUCUGUACUAAAAUGCCUACUUUUAUACCGAUAGCAUGGCCAAGUCUUUAUUGACGUUUUAAGGCAGCUAUUAAACGAUCGAUGUUUAUGAAUGGAGUUGUAGUUUGCACCGCAUCUGACUGAGAGAUGUUUGGGUUUUUUUUCAUUUACAGCAAAAGAAACUUGUCAGUAUGAUGCAGUGCAGCUAAUAAAAACUACAAUGAUGAACAUUUUUAUUCCCUCACUCAACAGAGUCACGGAAAGAAGCAUUAUUACCCUUGCAAAUGCAGUAUAUUCGGUUAACCUCUGUUAUUUCAUCUCAUUUGAGAGUGGUGAGCAUACAGUAUGGAUUACACUCAAACACAGCUAUGAGCUCAAGGGUCUAGAAAGUGUUAACCUAAUAAGUAUGCACAGUAAGUUUAUAUGUAACCAUAGUUAUCCCCGUGGGAAAAACCUGAUGUCAAACGACCCUGAAACCUGCAGUUCAACCAAAUUUCUGCCCCAAAAGGGCCUUGCAUUUUCUUCCACAUAUACAAGUAGUACCAGCGAUGCAAAGAGGAAAAGUAGAAUGAUGCCUAUAGAACUUGAAAUUGAACUAAUGCAGGGAAGUGGUGCACACCCGCUUAAUACAAUAUGGCUAAAGUGACCAUAAAUCAACACAAAUAAGAAAAGAAUCAACCUAAUGGAACGUACACAAAAAAAGUCACCUGACAGGCACACGCAGUCAUCCUACUAUGCAAGUUUGCCGCUAUGUCACGUGUCCGCAUCUGCCACGGGUCGUGGAAGGUCACAGCAUUUAAAUAAUUUGUUUUUGUUCAGUUUUCUUAUGCAGCGGUUGAUUAUUUAUUCACUUGCAUGUCAAUUGCAGUAAGAAUGUUAAAAAGCGUCAUGCAUGAAGUUGACCCGCCUUGAGCAAGCCUGUUUGCUCUGUCUGCUCCACCACCAGUCGCCAAAAGGGGAGUCAUUUUUUAAAUAUUUUUUUAGUCUUAUCAGAGCGCAUUUUUACACUUGUACGUCAAUUAAAUGCUAAAAAAAAUUAAAUCUACUAAAUAAACAAACAUUUCAAUGUUGGCAGUUUAGUUCUACAUUCAAGUGUUGAAAUGUACGGUUAAUACAAGUUUUAUGAUGGCAAAAGUUUGACUCUUGAACAGUGUUGGAAAAUACUGCAAAUUUUGGUAUUGAUCAAGUAAAUAUAGGCUCAGCAACAGUGAUACUUAUCGAUAUGGUUUACUUUAUAUUUUUCAAGAUCAUUGAAUGAGUUUGUCUUUAAUUUGAUUAUAAUCACAUUAAAAUACAGGAGAAGUAUUCCAGGCAGAAAUAAACAAACUUACAAGAUAUGAAUACAUUCAAAUGUAUGGUAGCUUAGUGGUUAGCAUGUUGGCCACACAGUCGGGAGAUCUGGGUUCAAAUCUCCGUUGGACAUGUCUAUGUGGAGUUUGUAUGUUCCCCCCCCGUGUGUGACUUUACUCCAGAUACUCUGGCUUCCCCCACAUUUCAAAAACAAGCAUGUUAUUAAUUGGCAACUCUAAAUUGUCCAUAGCUGGGAUGGUCGUUUGUCUGUAUGUGUCCUGCAGUCCAGGGUGUAUCCUGCCUGUUGCCCAAAAGUCAGCUGGGAUAGGCUCCAGCAUACCCCCUGACCCUUGUGAGGACAAGGGGCAUAGAAAAUGAAUGAGUUUUUCAGUUUUUGUAUACCCCAAGUAAAAAACCAGUCCGCAUGCCCUGUACUGCAUCAUUCCGUGAAAUCGAGUGUCCAAACAAAGCACCCUACGCGUUGCUCACUCGCGGUCCGUGCUUUUUUUUUAAUUUAUUGAGCCCGACUGCUAAUAUCCCGCCAUCGGGCCAAAUAAAGCUGUGAGUGCCAGCACCGUUUUUUGCCGAACCUUUUGUAACAAAUUAAUAAGGAAAACAGGUACCACCGUACAACAAUAUAAGACAAUGAAACAAUAAAAUAAUCCAUUUAUUCCGUUAUUGCAUUUUAUUACAUAACAUUUUUUCAGCAAAAUGAAGUCAAUAGAGGAAAAUAAGUAAACAAAAGCAACAACUAUUAUUGGAGUCAUUCAAAUCAUUUGGCUUUUUGUUCACAAAGCCCUGCUAUGUCCAAGGACUUAUUACCUGAGUUGGUAAACAAUAUACUGUAUAUUUAUAACAACAUGUAACAAAAUGAUUAACACAGCAAAAAACACACAGAUUUUUGUGAACAUAAACAUAGAAGAGUACUGAAAAGUAUCGAUCACAUGAAGUCACUACGGAUCUGAUACUGACACUACCCUCGGUAUCUAGUAUUUCCACGUUGGACUUUCCACAGUAAUCUGACCGAGGGAUAGCCAUCUCUAACUGUAAUGGAUUUAAAACUGACCGCAUAUAAACUCUUCUAGCAGCCAUCAAAUGAUGACAGACUUUCUCCAAAAUGCAAGAACCGGCCCUCAAAUCAAACUCAAAUGAUCCAUCACAUGCACCGUUCACUUUAUGUACUUCAAACUUUCCAGGGUAUAAGACCCAAUGCAUCAUGAAUGAUCUUGC